CGCACGUGCGGCACCAAGCGCUGCCAGCGCCGGGAGGCGCAGGCAGCGUGCCGAUCCGUACGGGUCACGACGGGCUGGUCCGGCGCCGGAUUGAGCAGUGCCGAGCAGCGCUGCCAUCGUCACGGCAACACGUGACCGGGCAGCCCUGGCAAGCCCAGGUCAGAGCGGCGCUCGCGUGGUCGGAGCAAGUCACCACUAAAGCUUCCGGAAAGCUGCUGCGCAACGGACCGAGCCGCUGUGUGCAGGCGCCUCUUGAGGUCACCGGAACUGCCGGCGGAACUGGUCACCGGAACUGCCGGUCCGCCACACGUGACAGGAGGGACCGUUCCGAGAACGAACGGAACGGACGGGCGCAGUUCGCCGCGUGACAUCCAGUCUUUUCCGGCGUGUGUUCAGGGACGAGUCAGCGAACCGGCGGAUAUUGCGCUCAGACACGUGGGAGCGGUGGUCUCAGGUUGCCUAGGACGCCCCUUCGGUGGACCAGUCUGCGGACAACCACGCUGCCUCCUUGGGGCGCAACAACAGCCAUGAACCCUUCGCUGCGCGUGCGACGCAUAUCUGUGUCGCGCUCUACCGGUGACCUGAGGAAGCUCGGCCUGAACCGCGGCACCCCGGGCCACGUCGGUCAGGGCCACGCUGCCAGUGCAGACAACGUCGCCCUGCAAGGCUACGUCGUUCGUCUACGGCCCGAUGGAGCCCAGGACAGGUUGUGGUGUACUCUAGCCGGAGGGCGGCUGCGCUGGUUUUCCAACAGAGCUGACUCACGACCAAUCGACGAUCUCGACCUGGCUGGAUGUCAGGUCAGGGACUCCCCAGGAGGGCUGCAUCUGUAUCACAAAGCAGGGCGAGCCGGUGGCCAGCCUCUGCACGCCUGAUGACAGCGACUGGAGCGCCGCCCUGCGGGCGGUGGCUGAACCACAUCGGCUGAGCCUGGAGGGCCUGAACCUGGAGGUGGCAGACCUGGACGAAGACAUGACAUCCCAGCCGUCCAGCAGUCGACAGCAGUUGCUGGAGGAGGUGCUGCAGACCAAGGAACUGCUACAGAGCAAGCAAAAACACAAAAACAGUGGGGGCUGGACCAUGACGACGGCAGAGGUUCUGAACAGCGCAGACAGGGCCGAGGUGCAGGUGCAGAUGGAGGCGUACCGGAAACAGCUGCAGCUGCGGCAGAGGAAAAUGUCCGCUGCGCUCAAAGCGCAGACCAUGCAGCUGCCGCUGUCGAAGACGCUGAGCGACGCGAGCUGUGAGCUGAGUCACGGCCACCGCCAGGAGCUGGAGCAGCGGCUGCACACGCUCGAGUCGUCCAUCCGCCAGAGCGAGCUGAGCGCGCGCGAGACCGUCACGCAGAUCCGCAGUCGCCGCCAGCGCCAGCUGCGCGCCAUCCAGGACCUCGGCAUUCCAGCGGCCAGCGUGGCAAGCGCGCCGUCCUCGAGCGGACUCUCAACGCCGUCCACGCCACCGCCGGGCCCCGGCUCCGGCUGGGAGGAGGCGGCUCCGGUGCGACGGCCCCGCUCGCUUCACUCGCCCUCGCUCGUGCGCCGCCGCACCCCGCUCCGGUUCAUCAGCGCGCUGUCGCGUACCAAGCGCCGUUCGGGGGCCGACUGGGAGGAGCCGGUGGCCGAGCGGCCGGCAGAGGCGCCCCCGCUGCGCUCCCAGGUCAGCGCCGAGGCCCUGCGCGAGAUCGCCCGCUUCGAGCGGCUCAUGGAGACGUUCCUGCGCCUGCGCCACGCCGGGCACACGCAUCUGCUCACCGUGGAGCACUACCUCUGAGGCGGCGGGCUGCGGUGACGGUCGCGCUGCUGCUGUACUCUGGCGGAUGGACGCUCGAGGACAACACGGCCGCCAUUCAUGUAGUUGUACUGUUCCUUGACUGGAGGGUGAGUGGUGUGCAUCACUCCAUGGAGCACGUUUGUAGAAGUACUUGUUAGACCGAAUGAUGAAUGUCACUGUAUCUUUGGGAUUGCUUCUGAGACGAUUUAUCAUUUGAUAGUUGAUCGGCUGACUUGAACUGAUACAGCUGCCGAAGUGUGAUCUCUUUCAUGCUUAAUCCGUUAUUAUGUUCACUUUGAUGUACAAGCUAUGAUCCCGCACCAUUAUUGUGAAAGCAGCCAUCAUCGUUCGAGAAUAAAAGCCAUGUCACGGAAUGGAAAAUGCGCUUAAAAAUUAUUUUUCUUGUUCUGUUUUUAGGGAAACAAAUAGUAAAUGCGAUUGAGUUAUAAAGGCCUAUAUUUUGGUAUAUUUUGCUGCACCUUCCACAUGGUCAAUAUGAAUAACAUCGGCCUGGACGGACAAAAGCCUAGGUGUGCGAAACUUGAGUAGAACCCGUGAUGAUCGCUCAAUAUAUAAUUUUA